AAAAAAGCGACUUUUCUUCAUUAUUUGUAAGAUUAAAACCCUAAAACAACACAGCAUCGUAAAAAAUCGCAUCAGAUGCUGUGUGGCUUUGUAUCAGAAACGAGUUUGAGUCGCACUUGAACUCAACUGCCCGGUAAACGCAUCGGAGUUCGUCGUCGUCCGCCACAACCACUGACAAAGUCCAGAUGUCUCAUGUUGAGGAACUUUGGGAGCGGUUAGUUCGAGCUGCUUUGAGGAGGGAAAGAACUGGUGAUGAUGCAUAUGGGAAACCUGCUGGUGGAAUUGCUGGAAAUGUGCCAUCUGCGCUUGCUAAAAAUAGAGAUAUUGAUGAAAUUUUAAGAGUUGCUGAUGAAAUUCAAGACGAUGAUCCCACGGUCUCUCGAAUAUUAUGUGAGCAUGCUUAUUCGUUAUCUCAAAAUUUGGACCCCAAUAGUGAAGGCCGAGGUGUUUUACAAUUCAAGACUGGUUUGAUGUCUGUCAUUAAGCAAAAGCUAGCUAAAAGGGAAGUUGGAACUAUAGAUAGAAGUCAGGACAUUGCCCGAUUACAAGAGUUCUACAAGAGUUAUAGAAAGAAGAAUAAUGUGGAUAAACUACGUGAGGAAGAAAUGCAGUUGAGGGAAUCUGGUGCUUUCAGCCGGAAUCUUGGCGAGUUGGAGCGCAAGACUGUGAAGAGGAAAAGGGUUUUUGCUACCUUAAAGGUUUUAGGAACAGUCCUUGAGCAAUUGAGUGAAGAAAUUCCUGAUGAGCUUAAGCGGGUCAUGGAAUCAGAUUCUGCAUCGACAGAGGAUCUGAUUGCUUACAACAUCAUCCCUAUAGACGCUGCUUCUUCAACAAAUGCUAUUGUUUUUUUCCCUGAGGUGCAAGCAGCAGUUUCAGCUCUGAAGUAUUUCAGUGGCUUGCCUGAACUGCCCAGAGCAUAUUUUGUUUCUCCUACAAGGAGGGCCAACAUGUUAGAUUUUCUGCAGUAUACUUUUGGAUUUCAGAAAGAUAAUGUUGCUAAUCAGCGUGAACACAUAGUUCAUCUGCUUGCAAAUGAGCAAUCUCGGCUUGGAGUUCCAGACAAGACUGAUCCCAAAUUGGAUGAAGCAGCUGUGCAGAGAGUAUUCAUCAAGAUUCUCGAGAAUUACAUAAAUUGGUGCAGCUACCUAUGUAUUCAGCCUGUUUGGAGCAGUUUGGAGGCUGUUGGUAAAGAGAAGAAAUUGCUGUAUGUUUCUUUAUACCUCCUAAUAUGGGGCGAAGCUUCAAAUAUCAGAUUUCUACCCGAAUGUUUGUGCUACAUAUUCCAUCAUAUGGCUAGAGAGAUGGACGAGAUUUUAAGGCAGAAGAUUGCACAGACAGCUAAUAGUUGCACUUCUGAGAAUGGUGUCUCAUUUCUUGAGAAUGUUAUCCUUCUUCUCUAUGACGUUAUUGCUGCAGAAGCUGCAAACAAUGAUAAUGGGAAGGCACCUCAUUCUUCCUGGAGAAAUUAUGAUGAUUUUAAUGAGUAUUUCUGGUCACUGCAUUGCUUUGAGCUUAGCUGGCCAUGGCGCACAAGUUCUUCAUUUUUCCAAAAGCCACCACUUAGAUCAAAGAAAAUGUUAUCUGGCAGGGGUCAACGUCAGGGGAAAACAUCUUUUGUGGAGCAUCGAACUUUUUUUCAUCUAUAUCAUAGUUUUCAUCGAUUGUGGAUAUUUCUUUUCAUGAUGUUCCAGGGUCUAACAAUUAUUGCUUUCAAUGAUGGAAAAUUUAAUGCCAAGACCUUGCGAGAAGUUCUUAGUCUUGGACCUACAUUUGUUGUGAUGAAGUUUUUUGAGAGUGUCCUGGACAUUUUCAUGAUGUAUGGUGCAUAUGCAACAACAAGGCGCUCAGCUCUGUCAAGAAUUUUUCUACGAUUUCUUUGGUUUAGCCUUACUUCUGUUUUUGUAACUUUCCUUUAUGUAAAAGCACUCCAGGAGGAGAGUAAAGGAGAUUCAAAUUCACUUAUUUUCAGAUUCUAUGUGAUUGUCAUUGGGAUUUAUGCCGGUGUCCAAUUUUUCAUUAGUUUCUUCAUGCGGAUUCCUGCAUGUCAUCUUUUGACAAACCAGUGUGAUCGCUGGCCCCUCAUUCGCUUUGUGAAGUGGCUGCGCCAGGAACGUCAUUAUGUUGGACGGGGAAUGUAUGAAAGGAGUUUGGAUUUCAUCAAGUAUAUGCUGUUUUGGCUUGUCAUUUUGAGUGCAAAGUUUUCGUUUGCUUACUUUCUUCAGAUCCAGCCACUAGUGGACCCAACAAGGGAUAUAAUAAAAGAGACUAAUAUUGUUUACUCUUGGCAUGACUUUGUCUCUAAAAAUAAUCACAAUGCUCUCACAGUUGUUAGCCUAUGGGCUCCAGUGUUUUUCAUUUAUCUACUAGACAUAUAUGUGUUUUACACACUUGUAUCGGCUGUCUGGGGAUUCUUGCUUGGGGCAAGAGCUCGCCUGGGAGAGAUAAGGUCACUGGAAGCGCUGCAAAAACUUUUUGAGCAAUUUCCUGGAGCUUUCAUGGACACUCUUCAUGUUCCUCUAACCAACAGGAGUGACCAACUGUCAUCUGUUCAGGUUGUUGAGAAGAACAAGGUUGAUGCUGCUCGGUUCUCCCCCUUUUGGAAUGAGAUCAUAAGAAAUCUAAGGGAGGAAGAUUAUAUAACCAACUUUGAAGUGGAGUUGCUAUUGAUGCCAAGAAAUUCUGGAGAUAUUCCUUUGGUUCAGUGGCCACUUUUUCUACUUGCAAGCAAGAUAUUUUUGGCUAGGGAUAUUGCUGUUGAGAGUAAAGAUACUCAAGAUGAGCUUUGGGAUAGGAUUUCCAGAGAUGACUAUAUGAUGUAUGCAGUUCAGGAGUGUUACCAUGCUAUUAAACUAAUUUUAACAGACGUGUUAGAUGAUGCAGGAAGGAUGUGGGUUGAAAGGAUAUAUGAUGAUAUUAAUGCUAGUAUCACAAACAGUAGGGUUCAUUUGGACUUUCGACUAAAUAAGUUGGCUCUUGUGAUAUCAAGAAUAACUGCACUAAUGGGGAUUCUGAAAGAGACUGAAACUCCUGAGCUUGAUAAAGGAGCAGUUCGGGCUGUUCAGGAUCUCUAUGAUGUUGUACGAUGUGAUGUCCUUUCUUUAGAUAUGAGGGAUAAUUAUCACACAUGGAGUUUACUGACCAAAGCUAGGGACGAAGGGCAUUUGUUUCAAAAGUUGAAAUGGCCAAAUGCAGAUUUAAGAAUGCAAGUCAAAAGAUUAUAUUCAUUGCUGACUAUCAAAGAUUCCGCUUCAAACGUUCCAAAAAAUCUUGAGGCUAGGCGAAGGCUAGAAUUUUUUGCAAAUUCACUCUUUAUGAAGAUGCCUCGUGCAAAGCCAGUUCGAGAAAUGUUAUCUUUUAGUGUUUUCACCCCUUACUAUUCUGAGAUUGUGCUUUAUAGCAUGGAUGAACUCCUAAAGAAAAAUGAAGAUGGCAUUUCAAUUUUGUUCUACCUUCAGAAAAUCUUUCCAGAUGAGUGGAAAAACUUUCUUUCCCGAAUCGGCCGUGAUGAAAAUGCACUCGACACUGAUCUUUUUGACAAUCCUAGUGAUAUUCUUGAACUGCGAUUUUGGGCUUCUUAUCGGGGGCAAACAUUAGCCAGAACUGUACGGGGGAUGAUGUAUUACCGGAAAGCUCUGAUGCUUCAGACCUAUUUGGAGAGGACAACGGCUGGAGAUUUGGAGGCUACAGUUGGUUUUGAUGAAUUAUCCGAUACACAUAGCUUUGAUUUGUCCCCUGAAGCACGUGCUCAGGCGGAUCUGAAGUUCACUUAUCUUGUGACAUGCCAAAUUUAUGGUAAGCAGAAAGAGGAGCAAAAGCCUGAAGCUGUUGAUAUUGCUUUACUUAUGCAAAGAAAUGAAGCUCUUCGUGUUGCUUUCAUUGAUGUUGUUGAAACUUUACGAGAUGGAAAAGUGAACACAGAAUACUACUCGAAGCUUGUGAAAGCUGAUGUUAAUGGGAAAGAUAAGGAAAUAUACUCGGUGAAAUUACCUGGAAAUCCCAAGCUUGGUGAAGGGAAGCCUGAGAAUCAAAAUCACGCGGUAAUAUUUACCCGUGGAAAUGCAGUUCAGACCAUUGACAUGAAUCAGGAUAACUAUUUUGAGGAGGCUUUGAAGAUGAGGAAUCUUCUUGAGGAAUUUCAUUCUGAUCAUGGUCUUCGUCCUCCCACCAUACUUGGUGUUAGAGAGCAUGUCUUUACUGGAAGUGUAUCAUCUUUGGCCUCAUUCAUGUCCAACCAAGAAACUAGUUUCGUGACUUUGGGCCAGCGGGUUUUAGCAAAUCCUUUGAAGGUUCGUAUGCAUUACGGUCAUCCUGAUGUUUUUGAUAGAGUGUUCCACAUAACCCGCGGAGGUAUUAGCAAGGCUUCUCGUGUCAUCAAUAUUAGUGAAGAUAUCUACUCAGGAUUCAAUUCAACCUUGCGUCAAGGAAACAUUACACACCAUGAAUAUAUUCAGGUUGGUAAGGGAAGAGAUGUUGGCCUUAAUCAAAUUGCACUAUUUGAGGGGAAGGUUUCAAGUGGCAAUGGUGAACAAGUUCUUAGUCGCGAUGUAUACAGACUAGGGCAACUUUUUGAUUUCUUCCGGAUGAUGUCAUUUUACUUCACAACAGUUGGAUACUACUUUUGUACCAUGUUAACGGUGCUGACAGUUUAUGCCUUUCUUUAUGGAAAAACAUAUUUGGCACUCUCUGGUGUUGGUGAAACAAUUGAAGAAAGGGCUAAGAUAACCAAGAACACUGCUCUGAGUACUGCAUUGAAUACACAGUUUCUCUUCCAAAUUGGUAUCUUCACUGCCGUGCCAAUGGUCUUGGGCUUCAUUCUUGAACAAGGCUUCUUGAGGGCCGUUGUCAAUUUUGUCACAAUGCAGUUUCAGCUCUGUACUGUUUUUUUCACAUUUUCUUUGGGUACAAGAACCCAUUAUUUUGGAAGGACAAUUCUUCAUGGUGGUGCAAGGUAUCAAGCGACUGGCCGUGGGUUUGUAGUCCGCCAUAUCAAAUUUUCAGAAAAUUACAGACUCUACUCUCGCAGUCAUUUUGUUAAAGGGUUGGAAGUUGUGCUUCUGUUGAUAGUAUAUCUUGCUUAUGGCUACAAUGAAGGUGGUGCACUCUCAUACAUUCUUCUGAGUAUAAGCAGUUGGUUUAUGGCUCUAUCCUGGUUGUUUGCUCCAUAUUUAUUCAACCCAUCUGGAUUUGAGUGGCAAAAGGUAGUGGGAGACUUCCGAGACUGGACCAAUUGGCUACUUUACAGAGGUGGAAUUGGUGUUAAGGGAGAAGAAAGCUGGGAAGCUUGGUGGGAAGAAGAACUGGCUCAUAUCAGGAGCUUGGGUUCAAGGAUAGCUGAGACCAUCCUGAGUCUGAGAUUUUUCAUUUUUCAAUAUGGUAUUGUGUACAAGCUUAAUGUGAGAGGAACAGAUACUUCAUUGACGGUUUAUGGAUUUUCAUGGGUAGUGCUGGCAGUGCUAAUAAUUCUUUUUAAGGUAUUCACCUUCAGCCAGAAGAUAUCAGUCAAUUUCCAGCUUGUGCUGCGCUUCGUACAAGGACUAUCCCUCUUGGUGGCACUGGCUGGUUUGGUUGUAGCAGUAAUAUUAACCGACCUAUCAGUACCAGAUAUAUUUGCUUGUAUUUUAGCAUUCAUUCCUACUGGAUGGGGAAUUUUAUCGAUUGCUGCUGCUUGGAAGCCUGUGAUGAAGAGACUAGGACUAUGGAAAUUCAUUAGAUCGAUUGCUCGCCUAUAUGAUGCUGGCAUGGGAAUGCUCAUUUUUGUGCCCAUUGCAUUCUUUUCGUGGUUUCCAUUUGUAUCAACAUUCCAAACUCGCCUCAUGUUUAACCAGGCGUUUAGUCGAGGGUUAGAAAUUUCUUUAAUCCUUGCAGGGAACAAUCCCAAUACUGGGAUAUAGUUUGACUUGGCUCAUACCAUAUUCCUAAUAGAAAUAUGAUGUAUUUUUCAUAUGGUGGAGCCUAGAUCAUUUUGUAAGUCUCUUUAGCAUUGUGAAUAGUGAUGUAUAAUCAUACUUUCAGUUUAUGUAGUUAGACCAGUUUAUGUACAGUUGGGUGUAAUAUUAGCAAUUUCACUUGUGAAUUCCCUUUAAAUUCUGCGAAGCCAGUUUCUCUCCAGCACGGAAAGACAAAUGUUGCAACUGCCUAAUUUUAAUAUAUUAUAGAGAGAUGCAGAGAUGGCACGUUUUUUUCUUUUCAA